UGGUAUUUAUUUUAACAAACAUCAACUAAUUUCAAAAACCUAGAAAUUCAUACGUCAAAAAAAAGAUUAAAAAAUAAUAUUACAUUAACUAUAAUUUAGUGGAAUGUUUCGGAUUGUUGAAUACAUUGUCAAUUGAAAAUCUUAUUUCUAUAAAACUUUCUUUAGGCUCUGGUUUUAAGUAGGUUUGUGCUAACUAAAUGACUGACGUUUUUAAAGACUUGUGUGACAUUUGGGAAAGGCUUUUCAGCCACCGACCGUUCUUACAAGGAGAAAUCAAAUACUUUCUUUCAGAAUUUGAUAAAAAGCAAUACAAAUUUGAUGAAGAUAACCUUAAAAAAGUCAGUGAACUCAUUGGAGAUAUAAAAGAUACAAAAAUUGAUGGUUUUCUAGAAUCCAGUGAUCAAAAUUUAGCUUCAUUAAAUUCUAUUAUUAAUGAGGCGUUGGAUUUGAGUGUCAACAUUUUGAAUCAAGAAAAUAACACCAUAUCGAAAGAGGAUAUAUGUGCUAAAGAAGAACUUCACAAUAAACGACAAAAAGAAUUUGAUACGUUUCAGUCCGAUUUAAAAACUAAGUACGAAACAAUAGAUAAAGAUAUCGAAGAAAAGGUUGCAGCGAUAAAAUUGCACUACGAGGAAGCAAUUAAUAAACUUGUUGCCGAAAACCAAUAA